AUUUCAUAUAAAAAAAAAUACUAAAGUACUUUUUAGCGGAAGUAAUUUUUGUUAAAAGAAAAAAAAAAGCAGCAAUGGAACAGAGUUAAAAAUUGUAAAAUUCAAGAUGGGGUUAUUUAUAAAAUAGCCAGCAUAGAGGGUUUAAUUCGAUAUAUAAAUAAAUAAAAAAGGCGACCAAGAUGCUGCAGACCGACGUCGUUGGCGGGAAGGACCUGUUUAGCGUUUCUUCUGCUGCAAUGGAGUUGCCGUCGGCUACCGGAGACCAGCCUCCUUCAAAGUCUGCCGAAUCGUCUGUGUCCGACGAGAUCCCUCGCUCUGAAUCGGCUUUGAGUUGCUCAACCUGUACCCAGACUGCUGCCACCUUUAUGGACUCUCCAGGGAGGAUUCCUAGGUUUCUUCCGAUUGUUCGUUCUGGAAGUGACACUGCUACUGGCCCUCGCAGAUUCAAUGAAGACGAACACCUUUGUAUUGAUAACCUUUCUGAUUAUUUGAGUCCUGAAUUGAAAUGGCCUGUGCCUUGUUCUAUGUAUGCGGUUUUUGAUGGUCAUGGUGGCUCAGGGGCGUCAACUUAUCUUAAAGACAAUGCGUUAAGGAUUUUAUUGCAAUAUUUGCCCAAAAAAGGAGACAAUGAUGAUGAAUUGUUUCUGGAGGAGCUGGAAAAUUCUCUUCCGACAGCGUUUUUAGCAGCUGAUCAAGCCUUAGCUGAUGAUAUUAGUGUGUCUUCUUGUUGCGGGACGACAGCAAUCAUUGCUCUCGUUGUUGGGAGUCAUCUACUGAUUGCAAAUGCUGGUGAUUGUCGUGCUGUUCUGUGUCACAAAGGAGACGCAAUUCAGUUGUCUCAAGACCAUAGGCCUUCAGAUGAUGUUGAAAGGAAAAGAGUAGAGGAUUUGGGCGGCUCCAUUCAAUUUGGAUAUUUAAAUGGUGAACUUGCUGUUACUCGGGCCCUUGGAGAUUGGAACAUGAAGCGCUGCCAUGGUUCUAAAUCUCCUUUAACUGCGGAACCAGAAGUUCACCGGAUUACACUGACAGAGGAUGAUGAAUUCUUGAUCAUCGGCAGCGAUGGGAUAUGGGAUGCUGUAUCAAACCAGGAUGCUGUUGAUCUUGUUCUUCGGGAGCUAAGGCAACAUGGUGAUCCACAGAAAUGUGCUAGAGAACUUGUGGAUCAUGUCCUGCAAACAGAUGCACACGACAACCUCACAGCAGUUGUUGUGUCCUUUAGUUGUCCGGAGCAGUUCAAUCCACCUCCUUCUAAGAAACCUAGGUUUAGGAUCAAAUCAAAAAGAUCAGAUGGUUCUUCCAAAGAUGUGGCAGAAGGUGAGAUAGGAACCAACAUCGCACAAGAGACGGUCAAAGAGGUUUGCGAUUAACUUAGACUAGCAAACUAUCACAAGUUGGAGGCUCUUGUUAGAUGCUCUAGUUAAUAGAUUAGUAGUAGUAUUCAGAUAUGAUUACUCUGUGGCAGAUUGGUAUUGCUAGUUCUAUAGUUCUAUCUUGCACCAGCCACGAUCGUGUGGGAAGCAGGAACUCCUGUAUAGUUCUACAGAUUCUGGAACUUAGGCAAUAUCAAUUAUAGUGAACAUCUCUGUUUACAAUUGCUUACAUUUCUUCAGUACUAUAUAGAUCUUCUUCACUCUGGCUAUGAGAAAUGAUGCUCUUUGUAGUCUCUACGUAUUAGUUCUUAGUACAUUUCAUUUGGAUAUUUUUUCGUUUCCACGCUUCCAAGCCAUUUUCCGGGCGUGGCAGUAGCAAUUUUACUUUGGAUGCCAUUUUUUU